CAAAAAAUUUCCGAAGAACUCUCCGCGCAUGUCACCAAAAUUAAGCAUGAAAUCGCAGAUGAUCUCUCUGCACGUGGUACUAAGAUCACCAAUGAACUUGACAGAAAAAAUAAUACAACUAUUACUGCAGAAAUCAAAAGAAUCCUUACUGAUGAUGUCUAUAGAAAACUUACUGCAGAAAUUAAUACUAAAAUCACCAACGAGCUUUCCACACGCCUGUCUGAAAUUAAUACUGAACUUAAUAGUAAACUUAUCGCAGAAAUUACCAAAAUUAAUACACAUGAUGCUGGCUACGCCUCUGAGGCGCAGAAAAUUUUUUCAAUGAUCUCCACAGUGGUUCAAAGAUCCGAUUUUGAUCAACAAAGUGUGUCCAAUGAAUCUGAAGCUAAUUUGACCAAUGAAUCUGAAACUAAUUCGUCUCCAAGCUCUUCUUCUGGAAGUUCCAAUUUAUCUGGAAUUUUUGAUAUUACUGGAGACAUUAAAAUCCGCUUUAAAGAACACUUUGAUGAGAUGUGCUUUUCGGUAGUAGUCGAUAUUCGUUGUCUUGGAGGAAAUAUUAAGAUCUCAACAGUGAAAAAUUUUUAUAAUGGUGUUAGUGGCA